AUGUAUAUAUAUCUCUAUUCCGGGGGCCUGAUUCCAACUCUAAGGCUUAUCCGUCUGGACGUCCGUUCCUCCCUUGUACCUGACAACCAGCCGCUUGGUGAGAUUCACGCUCAGGGAAGGGGGUUGUGAGCGAGAGCGAUGGGGGGAAAAGGUGGGGUCUCUUCGUCCCAUGACCUAAAUCAAGGACCUUCAAAAGGCUUUUGACUUCAAUUAACUCUGGGAUAAUGUUUGGCAUUACUUUGACGUUCUGUCUGUUCUGUGGUUCAUUUAAUGGGGAAAUGGCAGUGAGAGAGAUGCGAGGCCAUUGUUUGAUUGUGAUCUCCUCUCGGCUCAGUAAUACUACAUGACAGGCCUGCCUGUAUCUGGCAGAUGAAAGCGUGCUCAGUGUCACAGAAUUGAGUAAUUGUAAGAAAAAUAUGCUUGAACAUGUUGUUUAAAAAGGAUCUUUGGAGAUUAAAUUUUUUCACAGAGGAAUUGCUAUUUACGGAAUAGAUAGAAUAUUUAGUGGGGUUAAAUUGUGCAGGCUCAAUUGGUAGAGCAUGGCGCUUGUAACGCCAGGGUAGUGGGUUCGAUCCCCGGGACCACCCAUACAUAAAAAUGUAUGCACACAUGACUGUAAGUCGCUUUGGAUAAAAGCGUCUGCUAAAUGGCAUAUUAUUAUUAUUAUUAUUAUUAUUAUUAUUAUUAUAUUAUUAAGUCUCUCUUAGAACAGGCAUAAACAUCAAAAGGUGUGCUUUGGGGUAGAGUUAAUGAGAGACAAAAACCAGUCUAGAUUAAGUACUUGAGUGACUAGAUAAAAGUAGAUGAUGUUCUCAUUAACAUUUUGGGUGGAUAAGUGGGUUUUAAUAUGGAUAUUUGUCCAAAAGACGAAGAUUGAAAUCUGUUUAUGCUCACUGAGUUUAACAUGGAUUACCAUUGGUCUUUUUUUCUCUUUUGUAUUUGAACGACGGUGGGAAACAUUCUUCUUUGCAAUCUCUCAUUGAUAUCUAUUCAGCUGUACAGACAUAUGCCAGGGGCCUGUUGAAUAGAUACACAGCUGUGGCUUGGGUUGCAGGUAGCCUAGCGGUUAAGGGCGUUGGGCCAUUAACUGAAAGGUUGCUGGUUCGAAUUCCUGAGAUGUUCCCUUGAGGAAAGCACUUAAACCUAAUUGCUUCUGUAAGUCGCUCUGGAUAAGAGUGUCUGCUAAAUGACAAAAAUUAGUGUCACAAUAUGGAGGACAAAUUAAGUUGUUUUUCCAAGAGGCUUGGCUUUAACCUCUCUCCCUCUUUAUUUCUCUCACUCUCUUCCUGUUCGGUCACAGAUUCGACCAUGUCUCACACCGGAGCCCAGGGCAGCAUUGGGAGCCACCCAGCCAUGGGGCUGCGUGCCCAUAAAGUAGGUCUUUGCAGUUUCUUUACAAACUACUCUAAUAAUGCCAUCUCUAGCGAAGAUACAGCAUUUCCAGUUGUUUUAAAGGCCCAAGACAGGCAUCUUGAUCAAUGAUAUCCAUAUCAAAUCAUUAACAUAAUUAUAUUAUAGCUUAUUACAGUAAAUAACCAGACUGUGAUCUUGUCUAUCUUUUCAGAUUUACCUGUUUGAGUUUGAGAACUUCCAGGGCCGUAUGAUGGAGUGCACCACUGAGUGCCGUAACCUGUGUGAGAAGGGCUUCGAGAAGAUCGGCUCCAUCAGGGUGGAGUGUGGACCGUACGUCAUAUCUUACUUCAUCUGUUUACAUAUAUACAAAGUAUGUGGACACCCCUUCAAAUUAGUGGAUUUGGCUAUUUCAGCCACACCUGCUGCUGACAGGUGUAUAAAAUCGAGCACACAGCCAUGCAAUCUCCAUAGACAAACAUUGGCAGUAGAAUGGCCUUACUGUAGAGCUCAGUGACUUUCAAUGUGGCACUGUUAUAGGAUGCCACCUUUCCAACAAGUCAGUUCGUCAAAUUUCUGCCUUUCUAGAGCUGCCCCGGUCAACUGUAAGUGCUGUUAUUGAGAAGUGGAAACGUCUAGGAGCAACAACGGCUCAGCCGCGAAGUGGUAGGCCACACAUGCUCACAGAACGGGACCACCAAGUGCUGAAGCACGUAGCAUAUAAAAAUUGUCUGUCCUCGGUUGCAACACUCACUACGAGUUCCAAACUGCCUCUGGAAGCAACAUCAGCACAAUAACUUUUAGUCGGGAGCUUCAUGAAAUGUGUUUCCAUGGCCGAGCAGCCGCACACAAGCCUAAGAUCACCAUGCGCAAUGCCAAGUGUCGGCUGGAGUGGUGUAAAGCUCGCUGCCAUUGGACUCUGGAGCAGUGGAAACACAUUCUCUGGAGUGAUGAAUCACUCUUCACCAUCUGGCAGUCCAACGGACAAAUCUGGGUUUGGCGGAUGCCAAGAGAACGCUACCUGACCGAAUGCAUAGUGCCAACUGUAAAUUUUGGUGGAGGAGGAAUAAUUGUCUGGGGCUGUUUUUCAUGGUUCGGGCUAGGCCCCUUAGUUCCAGUGAAGGGAAAUCUUAACGCUACAGCAUACAAUGACAUUCUAGACGAUUCUGUGCUUCCAACUUUGUGGCAACAGUUUGGGGAAGGCCCUUUCCUGUUUCAGUAUGACAAUCAGUGCCCGACCUCACUAAUGCUCUUGUGGCUGAAUGGAAGCAAGUCCCCGCAGCAUUGUUCCAACCUCUAGUGGAAAGCCUUCCCAGAAGAGUGGAGGCUGUUAUAGCAGCAAAGGGGGGACCAACUCCAUAUUAAUGCCCAUUUUGGAAUGAGAUGUUCAGUGAGCAGGUGUCCACAUACAUUUGGUCAAGUAGUGUAUUAUUUGAGCCAUUAGAGUAAAGUUGUCAGCUGGAGCGUGUCCAGAAGAAAGCCUGCAGAAUAACUCUUAGCGGGUCGUACACCAGCUACCGGGAAGUCCUCUAAACCCUUGGAGUCAUGUCCUUGGACAGAAGACGGGAGCAGAUCUGCCUGACAUUUGCCGAACUCCCAAUUUGCAGACCGGCUCCCUCCUACCAGACAGCAGAUUACUGGACUGGCAACGGCUCCAUCCAACCAGACAGCAGAUUACUGGACUGGCAACCCGCAACAGCCACAAACUGAACACUCCCAUGACACGCACAGGCCGAUAUCAGAACUCUCCCAUUCCAUACUUCACUAAACUGAUCAAUGCGCACACCAUAUAGCCCAGUGGCCUUAGAAAUGCCUUCCUAAGAACUCUAAAGAUGCCUUUUUUAAAGCUGCCACCCCAAACCUUGUCGUAGUAUUGUUGUUUUGUAUAUAUUGCAUAUUUUAACAUUUUAUUAUAUUAAGUGUUUUGCUAGUUUAGGAUUUUACUACUUGAUAAUUAUAUAUGAUUGAUGUUAUGAUUGUAAAUUGGUUUACAAUUCAGUCUAUGACUGCGAGAAACCAAUAAACCUACUACUACUGCUAUUAAAGUUAUCUUAGUCCAAUAAGACACUUGAAACAUAGUUAAUUUACAACAUGCAAUCUCCAAUGAUACAUGACUGUUGCGAUGAACGUGACAUCUAACAUGAAGCUUGCAAUCACUUAGCUAUCCCUAGCCUCAAGACUUCUGAUCAUGUUUAUAAGAGAGUUGUGUUAAUUGAUUAUAAGUGUGUUAUAGUUGUGCUGUAACACUUUUAUAAUAUACCUAUACAGCUGGGUGGGCUAUGAGCAGCAGAACCUGAGCGGAGAGAUGUUCAUGCUGGAGAAGGGAGAGUACCCCCGCUGGGAUACCUGGAGCAACAGCUACAGGUGUGACCGCUUCAUGUCCGUCAGGCCCGUUCGCAUGGUGAGUCCGUCCAUUCAUUCAUCCAUCCAUCCAUCCAUCCAUCCAUCCAUCCAUCCCUCCAUUCAUUAAUUAAUUCAUUAAUUCAUUAAUUCAUUAAUUCAUUCAUUCAUUCGUUCAUUCAUUCAUUCAUUCAUUCAUUCAUUCAUUCAUUCAUCCAUCCAUCCAUCCAUCCAUCCAUCCAUCCAUCACUACAUCAAUAGUCUAGUCUAAGUGGCUUCCCCCUCUUCUGAGGGUCGUGGGUGAAUAGGUGGGUAAACUCUAUUGUGCCUACAGGACACCCAGGACCACAAGAUCUGCCUGUUUGAGUGUAAUAACUUUGAGGGCCGUAAGAUGGAGGUGUGUGAUGAGGAUAUCCCCAGUCUGUGGUCCUACGGCUUCCAGGACCGUGUGGCCAGCAUCCAGGUCACUGGUGGAACGUGAGUUGGCACAUUAACUUAUCAAUCAAUCUACCCAUCCAUUUAAUUUAAGACGUUAUUAACUUCCAUUUCUCUCUCUCAUUCUCUCCGUCCGUCUUUCUGGGUGAUAGUUGGGUUGGCUAUCAGUACCCCGGUUACCGUGGCUACCAGUACGUGUUCGAAUGUGGCAUCUUCAAGCAUUGGAACGAGUGGGGCGCCCACCAUCCCCAGAUCCAGUCCAUCCGUAGAGUGAGGGACAUGCAGACACAUCGCAGAGGCUGCUUUGAGUGGACCGCCUAGAAGGGGCCAGGCAGGCGAUGGGUCGUGGGCCAGCAAGACAGAGGGGAAGGGGCCUGGUUAGCCCUGGAGCUAACCAUCCCAGAGUCUGGAGCUCCAUCUUGGAUCUCCAUACAGCCAACAUAAGCUAACAGCUAAUAACAUAACAUCACUGGCUCCACCUCAAUCACUUACUAGCAGUACAUUCAGGGUGCGUGUACAUUGACGCACAAUCCCUGAAUGAAGACAGUGCCACCUACUGGGAAAAGGUUGUUACUGCAGUUCGCCUGCAGCUGACUUCCACAAUGCCUGAAUAUAACAAUACUGGUGAAAGUGAUAGCUGUACUCUCUGUUCCAAGACCUGAUAGAAUUAUAGCAUGAGAAGAUUUAUGAUAUUUAUGAUGGGGAUUUUAAUGGGGGAAAGGGAAUUAGUUAGCAAAGAUUUUAAUAAGUUAUAUAACUUCAUUAGUUUGUGUUCACUAGUUUGUUUCCAUAUCUGCAAACCCAUUGAUUUUAUACAUCUUACUUACUUGUUUCUUAGCUAUAUACCAAAUGAUGCCAAAUAAGCCUGUUCAUUACAAUGCUCUACCCUCCUGCAAUCUGUGAAUGAUUUUAGAGAGUAGAGAGAUACUACACACUCCACUCACUCAGUCUCUAAGCUACCAUGGACAGCCGCCAGCUUUCUGUGCUCUGUCCAUGCCCUGCAAUGAGCUCAAUCAUCCAUGGGGAGGCACUGUUUCCCAAUGUACUCUCCCCCAUGGCCACCUUCUAGUCUAGGGAUUGCACCUCAACCAUAAUUUCCCUAAUGACAUUCUACCUUCAAGGCUUCAAAGCUAUGCCCAUGACCCACUUAGUCUAGGGCAGUGAAGCUUUGCCCAUGACCCACUUAGUCUAGGGCAGUGAAGCUAUGCCCAUGACCCACUUAGUCUAGGGCAGUGAAGCUAU